GGCGGCAGCGCUGGCGGCGCCGAGCCCCCUGCGCGCGGCACAUGGGGCGCCUGACGGAGGCGGCGGCAGCCGGCGGCAGCGCUUCAGCAGCGCGCUCAGCUCGGCCCGCUCCCACUUCCCUGGCCCUCUCGUCCACGUCCCCCGGCUGCGCGGCCACCAUGGCGUCCAGCGAGGAGGACGGCACCACCGGCGGCGCCCCGGAGGCCGGCGAGGAAAGGGAGGCCACCCUCAAGAGGAGGCGCCUCGGCUUCUUGGCCACCGCCUGGCUCACCUUCUACGACAUCGCCAUGACCGCGGGGUGGUUGGUUCUAGCUAUUGCCAUGGUACGUUUUUAUAUGGAAAAAGGAACACACAGAGGUUUAUAUAAAAGUAUUCAGAAGACACUUAAAUUUUUCCAGACAUUUGCCUUGCUUGAGAUAGUCCACUGUUUAAUUGGAAUUGUUCCUACUUCUGUGCUUGUGACUGGGGUCCAAGUGAUUUCAAGAAUCUUUAUGGUGUGGCUCAUUACUCACAGUAUAAAACCAAUCCAGAAUGAGGAGAGUGUGGUGCUUUUUCUGGUCGCGUGGACUGUGACAGAGAUCACUCGAUAUUCCUUCUACACAUUCAGUCUUCUUGACCACUUGCCAUACUUCAUUAAAUGGGCCAGAUAUAAUUUUUUUAUCAUCUUAUAUCCCGUUGGCGUUGCUGGUGAACUUCUUACAAUAUAUGCUGCCUUGCCAUAUGUGAAGAAAACAGGAAUGUUUUCAAUAAGGCUUCCUAACAAAUACAAUGUCUCUUUUGACUACUAUUAUUUUCUUCUCAUAACCAUGGCCUCAUACAUACCAUUGUUUCCACAACUCUAUUUUCACAUGUUACGUCAAAGAAGAAAGGUGCUUCACGGAGAGGUGAUUGUAGAAAAGGAUGAUUAAAAGAUCUCUACAAACAAGGUGCUUUUUCCAGAAUAACCAAGAUUACUUAAGUCCAAGUUUUAAUAACAAGAAUAAACAACUUCAUGAAAUAUGAUGGAUUAUAUUGUUUCUUAAAAUAUAACUUGAACAUGGUAUUUGCCAA